CUCCCCGCUGUCUGUCUGUCCGUCCCGGCUGUCGCUCGGUCCGUCCCUGGGCCGGUGCUCGGCGGCGCCAUGAACCGGCCCAAGGCGGCGGCCGUGCGGCGGCCCAGCGCCGUGCCCAAGCCCUCCGCGCACCCGCCGCCCGGAGAUUUCAUCGCGCUGGGCUCCAAGGGGCAGAGCGGCGAGGGCAAGGCCGCCGUCACGCUGCUGAAGCCGGCGCCGCCCGGGCUGCCCUCGGAGCGCAAGCGGGACGCGGCCGCCGCCUUGGCGGGCCCGGCGGGGCUGCCCGGGCUGACCAAGCGCCCCAAGCUCUCCUCCACGCCGCCCCUCAGCGCCCUGGGACGCCUGGCAGAGGCGGCCGUGGCGGAGAAAAGAGCCAUCUCGCCCUCCAUCAAGGAGCCGUCUGUCAUCCCCAUCGAAGUCGUCCCCACGGUGCUGCUGGAUGAGAUUGAGGCAGCAGAGGCAGAAGGCAACGAUGACCGUAUUGAGGGGGUGCUGUGUGGAGCUGUGAAGCAGCUGAAGAUGAACAGAGCCAAACCUGACACCACUCUCUACCUGAGCCUCAUGUACCUGGCAAAAAUCAAACCCAACAUAUUUGCCACUGAAGGGGUUAUCGAGGCAUUAUGCAGCCUACUCCGAAGAGAUGCCUCCAUCAAUUUCAAAGCCAAAGGGAAUAGUCUUGUGUCUGUCUUGGCAUGCAACCUUCUCAUGGCAGCUUAUGAAGAGGAUGAGAACUGGCCAGAGAUCUUUGUCAAGGUUUACAUUGAGGACUCCCUUGGGGAGCGCAUCUGGGUGGACAGCCCUCACUGCAAGACGUUUGUGGAUAACAUCCAGACAGCUUUUAACACAAAGAUGCCUCCUAAGACCAUGCUCUUGCAUGGAGAAGUUGGACGUAGUGGAGGGGACCUUAGUGCUGGGAGUAGCCCACACCCUUCCAUGACAGAGGAGGAGGACAGCCAGAGUGAGCUGCUGAUUGCAGAGGAGAAAAUGAGCCCAGAGCAGGCGGGCCAGCUCAUGCCCAGGUAUGAAGACCUUGCAGAGAGUGUGGAGGAGUAUGUCCUAGACAUGCUUCGGGACCAGCUGAACCGGCGCCAGCCCAUGGACAAUGUCUCCAGGAACCUCCUGCGGCUGCUGACGGCAACCUGUGGCUACAAAGAGGUGCGUCAGAUGGCUGUGCAGAGGCUGGAGAUGUGGCUGCAGAAUCCAAAGUUGACCAAGCCAGCUCAGGACUUGCUGAUGUCAGUCUGUAUGAACUGUAACACCCACAGCUCAGAGGACAUGGAAGUUAUCUCCAACCUGAUCAAAAUUCGUCUCAAGCCAAAAGUCCUUCUCAACCACUACAUGCUGUGUGUCAGAGAGCUGCUGAAUGCACACAGGGAUAACCUAGGCACCACCAUUAAGUUUGUGAUUUUCAAUGAACUAUCAAAUGCAAGAAAUCCCAACAAUAUGCAGAUCCUGUAUACUGUGCUUCAGCACAGCUCAGAGCAAGCUCCAAAGUACCUGGCAAUGGUGUUCCAGGACCUGUUGACCACCAAGGAUGAUUAUCUGCGAGCUUCACGGGCUUUGCUGAGGGAGAUCAUCAAACAGACAAAGCACGAGAUCAACUUCCAGGCCUUCUGCCUGGGUCUCAUGCAGGAGCGGAAGGAGGCCCUGUAUGCAGAGAUGGAGUUCAAGGAGCGGUUUGUCAUUCACAUAACUGACCUGCUAGCUGUCUCCAUGAUGCUGGGUAUCACAGCCCAGGUGAAGGAGGCUGGAAUUGCUUGGGACAAAGGAGAGAAAAAGAACCUGGAAGUGCUGCGCUCUUUCCAGAACCAAAUUGCUGCUAUCCAACGUGAUGCUGUCUGGUGGCUGCAUACAGUUGUUCCAUCUAUCAGCAAGCUGGCUCCAAAGGACUAUGUGCACUGCCUCCACAAGGUGCUCUUCACAGAGCAGCCAGAAACCUACUACAAAUGGGACAACUGGCCCCCUGAGAGUGACCGCAACUUCUUCCUUCGCCUGUGCUCCGAGGUGCCCAUCCUGGAGGACACGCUGAUGCGCAUCCUUGUGAUCGGAUUGUCGCGGGACCUGCCCCUGGGCCCCGCCGACGCCAUGGAGCUCGCCGACCACUUGGUGAAGAGGGCUGCAGCUGUGCAGGCAGAUGAUGUUGAGGUCCUGAGGGUAGAAAGAAUCCAGCUGAUCGAUGCAGUCUUAAAUCUGUGCACUUAUCACCAUCCAGAGAAUAUCCAGCUACCUCCAGGAUACCAGCCUCCAAAUCUAGCUAUUUCUACUCUCUACUGGAAAGCCUGGCCUCUCCUGCUAGUAGUGGCUGCAUUCAAUCCUGAAAAUAUUGGUCUGGCUGCAUGGGAGGAGUAUCCCUCUCUAAAGAUGCUCAUGGAAAUGGUCAUGACCAAUAAUUAUUCCUAUCCUCAAUGUACCUUGACGGAUGAGGAGACACGCACAGAGAUGAUUAAUCGUGAACUUCAAAUCUCCCAGAGAGAAAAACAGGAGAUUCUUGCAUUUGAGGGUCAUCUGGCAGCUGCAUCCACAAAACAAACAAUUACAGAAAGCAGCAGCCUCUUGCUGUCCCAGCUGACAAGUCUGGACCCUCAGGGCCCCCCUCGCAGACCUCCACCACAUGUCCUGGAGCAGGUGAAAAGCCUGAACCAGUCUCUUCGCUUGGGCCACCUUCUGUGUCGCAGUCGCCAUCCUGACUUUCUUCUCAACAUCAUCCAAAGACAGGCCUCAUCACAGUCAAUGCCAUGGCUGGCAGAUCUGGUUCAGUCCAGUGAGGGCUCCUUGGAUGUCCUGCCCGUGCAGUGUCUUUGUGAGUUCCUGCUUCAUGAUGCUGCCGAUGAAUCGACCUCAGGUGAAGAAGAAGAGGAGGGUGAGAGUAAGGACCAGCGUGCCAAGAAACGCCAGAGACAACAGAAACAAAGGCAGUUGCUUGGACGCUUGCAAGACUUGCUGUUGGGACCCAAAGCGGAUGAACAGACAACCUGCGAGGUGCUUGACUACUUCCUGCGGCGCCUGAGCUCCUCCCAGGUGGCUUCCCGGGUCCUGGCCAUGAAGGGCCUGUCCUUGGUGCUGUCAGAAGGAGGAAUGCGUGAUGGGGAGGAGAAGGAUCACCCCAUGGAAGAAGACUCUGGUGAUUCUGAGCUGCUGCAGGGAUAUCAGUGGCUGCUGAGAGACCUCCCGAGGCUGCCACUGUUUGACAGUGUGAGAGCCACGACAGCUCUGGCCUUGCAGCAGGCCAUCCACAUGGAGACAGAUCCCCAGACCAUCAGUGCUUACCUGGUGUACCUCUCCCAGCAUGCCCCAGUGGAGGAGCAGGGACAGCACAACGACCUUGCUCUGGAUGUCGCCCGGCUGAUCGUGGAGCGCUCCACCAUCAUGUCCCACCUGUUCUCCAAGCUCUCCUACAGUGCUGAGUCAGAUGCAGUGCUCGUGGCUCUGCUCUCCAUCUUCUCCCGCUACAUCAAGCGCAUGCGGCAGAGCAAGGAGGGUGAGGAGGUGUACAGCUGGUCAGAGUCCCAGGAUCAGGUAUUCCUUCGUUGGACUAGUGGGGAAACAGCCACCAUGCACAUCCUUGUGGUCCAUGCCAUGGUUAUUCUCCUGACACUGGGGCCACCUCAAGCAGGGGAUGGUGAUUUUUACACCUUACUGGAUAUAUGGUUCCCGGAGAAAAAGCCCCUUCCUACUGCUUUUCUGGUUGACACCUCCGAGGAGGCUCUGCUGCUCCCUGACUGGCUGAAGCUGCGGAUGAUCCGCUCCGAGGUCCCACGGCUCGUGGAUGCAGCCCUGCAGGACCUGGAGCCACAGCAGCUGCUUCUCUUUGUUCAGUCCUUUGGAAUCCCAGUUUCCAGCAUGAGCAAACUUCUGCAGUACCUGGAUCAGGCAGUAUCUCAUGACCCACAGACGCUGGAGCAGAACAUCAUGGACAAGAACUACAUGGCUCAUCUUGUGGAGGUUCAACAUGAGAGAGGAGCAACAGGAGGCCAGACUUUCCACUCCCUGCUUACUGCCUCCUUACCAGCCCGCCGAGACAGCGCUGAGACUGCAAGGUCAAAAUCUAGUCCUGAAAACUCUCAAAGUCAGAGUCGGAUCCGGGCCUUGAGCCAGGUCCGUGUUGUGGGCCCAGAAGAUGAUCUGGCAGGCAUCUUGCUGCAGCUUUUCCCACUGACCCCGGACCCGCGGUGGCAGAACUCCAGCCUGCGGCCCCUGGCCCUGGCACUGCAGCAGUCGCUGGGGCAGGAGCUGGCCCACAUCCGCCAAGGGGCCAAGCCAGAGAGCGGGGUCACGGCCAGCGGGGUCACAGCCAGCGGGGUCACGGCCAGCGGGGUCACGGCCAGCGGGGUCACGGCGCGGCUGCUGCAGGCCGUGGCUGCGCUGCUCAACUCCGCACACAGCGGCGCCCUGGUCAUGGCCAUGCACCGCCACCACUUCAUCUCCUGCCCGCUCAUGCGCCAGCUCUACCAGUACCAUCGCUCCAUGCCACAGGACACUGCCUUCUCCUCGCUCUUCUUCAAAGUGCUCAUGCAGAUGCUGCAGUGGUUGGAGAACCCCGCGGUGGAAGAUGGUCCCCUGCGAGCUCAGCUGAAGGCCUUUGCUGUGCAAUACUCCUCAAGGCACAGGAUCAGUGAUGUGCGAGGUGGCUUCUUGCACCUCACGGAAGCGCUUUCUUUCCGUCGUGACCCGGACUUGAUCAGCUCCACAGUCUGUGCCAUCAUUGCAACCCUGAAAUCAGGAGAGAAGUGUAAUGUGGAGCCAGAGCUCAUCAGCAAAGUCCUUCAAGGUCUGAUUGAAACGCACUCUCCAUACCUGGAGGAGCUCCUGACUGUCCUCUUCUCAGCUACUGUUGAGACCAAGUGUCCUGCCAUGAAACCAAUUGCUGUGGUGUGCUCCUUGUUGCUCCAGGACAAAGAAGAAACACCAGUAAAGCAGGAGGUGGAGAGUUGCAGUGCUGAAUCAGCUUGGCCAGGGCCUGCCUCUGGCCUUCUCAAUGACUGGCUGGAGAUGUUGGACCCAGAGGUCAUCAGCAGCUGCCCUGAUCUACAGCAGAAGCUACUGUUCUCCUGGAACAAAGCAGGGUCCCAGGUGCCCUCCUUCCGCCCAUACCUCUUGGCUCUUCUGACUCACCAGUCCAGCUGGAGCACACUGCACCAGUGCAUCAGGCUUCUGCUUGGCAGGAACAGGGAGCAAAGGUUUGACCCAACUGCAUCCUUGGAUUUCUUGUGGGCCUGUAUUCACAUUCCUCGGAUCUGGCAGGGAAGGGACCAGAGAACUCCUCAGAAGCGCCGUGAGGAAUUUGUGCUCCACCUGAAGGCAUCAGAACUGAUCAGCAUGGUGGAGCUGAUCCUGGCUGAGGCAGAGACCAGAUACCAGAACACUGAUGAGGCCUCCUGCACACUCAUCCAGUCUCGACUGCCCUUGCUGCUCAGUUGUUCUCAUGGAGACCUUGAGAACGUCAAAAAAGUAACAGAAUAUUUGACCAGCUGCAUCCAGCAGUGGGGAAGCAGCUCUGUGGGGAAAUGCUGCCAGGACCUUCUGCUGCAGAUAUACCUGCAACUACCUGAGCUCCUUGUGCCUAUGCCUGAGAUGCUUCUUACCAGUGAAGGAGCCAGAGACAGCAGCACUUGCAAGCUUGAUGCCCUGGUUCACAGAUUCAUUAACCUCCUCGCAGACACCAGUGACUCCAAGUCAUCCGAAAGCCGCGUGUGGGAUGCCAAUAUGGCCUGCAGGAAGUUGGCUGUGGCUCAUCCCAUCCUCCUCCUUAGGCACUUGCCAAUGAUUGCAGCACUGCUGCACGGCCGCGUUCACCUCAAUUUCCAGGAAUUCAGGCAGCAGAACCACUUGACCUUCUUCAUCCAUGUCCUGGGGAUCCUGGAGCUGCUCCAGCCGCAGGUGUUCCAGAACGAGCACCAGGCGGCACUCUGGGACUGUCUCCUGUCCUUCAUCCGUCUGCUGCUGAAUUACAGAAAGUCCUCACGGCACCUGGCUGCCUUCAUCAGCAAGUUUGUCCAGUUUAUCCACAAGUACAUCACGUGCAAUGCCCAGGCAGCUGUCUCCUUCUUGCAGAAGCACUCGGAUCCACUCCAUGACCUGUCAUCAGACAACAGUGACCUAGCAAUGCUGAAGUCCCUCCUGGCUGGGCUGAGUCUGCCUAGUAAGAGUGGCACCUUGGACAGGGGCUCUGAUGAAGAGAAGGAUGAUGAAGCAGCUGCUGGCUCUCUCCCCCUGGUCAGCGUGUCUCUCUUCACUCCCCUCACGCCAGCUGAAAUGGCCCCGUAUAUGAAGAGGCUCUCCAGAGGCCAGACAGUGGAGGACAUCCUGGAGGUGCUGACAGACAUCGAUGAGAUGUCCAGACGGAGGCCAGAAAUUCUUGCCUUUUUUGCUACAAACCUGCAGAAGCUGAUGAGUUCAUCAGAGGAUUCCUGCCGAAACCUGGCCUUCAGCCUGGCUUUGCGCUCCAUCCAGAACAACCCCAGCAUUGCUGCAGAUUUCCUGCCCACCUACAUGUACUGCCUCGGCAGCCGAGACUUCGAGGUGGUGCAGACAGCACUGAGGAACCUGCCUGAAUACACCCUCCUCUGCCAAGAGCAUGCAGCAGUUCUGCUGCACAGGGCCUUCCUGGUGGGCAUGUAUGGCCAGAUCGACACCAGCUCUCAGAUCUCAGAGGCCUUGAAGAUUCUGCACAUGGAGGCCAUGAUAUGAACAUGUGGUUCUGGGAGUUCCACUUCCAGAGGAAUUAAUUUAAUGGAUUCAUCAGCUGCAUUACAACCCUGUAAGAAGAACAGUGUAUUGCAACCCAUGUGCUGGAGGAUCAAAGAGGUGAUGUGGUAGGCCAGACUGGGCUGGAAAAGAAGAAGGUGCUGACUGAAGAUCAGAAAAGGACAAGGAUCAAUCUGGCUGGCUAAGAUGCCAUUAUUGUGGGAGAAAAAUCUCCUAAACUUUGUGCCAAACAGGGACCACUUCCUUCAUGGGGUCUUGGGACAGUGGCUGUCGGUUUGUUGUUUGGGGCUUUUUGUGUCUCCAAGAAGGCAGAGCUGCUGAGAGAGCAGAAGGGAGUGAGUGAUGGCCCUUACAUUUGAAGUGUCUGCACUCUCUGUGUUGGAGAGAACAUGCAGAUUUGUGCAGGGGGAGAGACCACUUUGGUUUCUGGGGGUGGGUGGUUUUUUUUAUUUUAUAAUUAAAAUUCUCUUUGUUUCCA